UGUAGUCAUAGUACGCGUCAAAAAUGGUGGAUGUUCAGCCUCCGCCUUUCCGAACCGUGGACGAUUUUCUGCUGGGUUCGGCCCGAUUUUCAGUGCCUGAUGUCCGUAACUUAGAUCGGUGGAAUAACCGGAUCAUUAACAACCUGCUGUAUUACCAGUCCAACUAUUUUGCCUCCGCCGUGGCAUUUCUGCUUAUAGUCGGGUAUUUCCAACCACUCCAGCUGAUUCUUGGGGCAACCGUUGUGAUCGUUCUGUUCUCUGGGUUUGUCUGGGCGGCUGAAAACAAGGCCGUAAUCCGCCGAUUCCGGAGGAAUCAUCCAUCGCUGUCCCUUGCUGCAAUUUUGGGCUCCAGCUACCUUCUUCUGUCUGGUUUAGGAGGGGUAGCUGUUUUCCUCUUUGGCAUUGCCUUCCCCAUUUUAAUGAUCAUUAUCCAUGCUUCAGUGAGACUCCGAAACCUUAAGAAUAAACUGGAGAAUAAGUUGGAGAGUAUAGGAUUGAAGAGGACUCCUAUGGGCCUGCUGCUGGAAGCACUGGGACAGGAACAAGAGGCUGGAUCAUAGCUGUGUUUACUAUUACCUAACUGUGCUAUCGCUCACCCCUUCUAUCCUAGGAGCUUUUUACAUGUCCUAAAACAUAUAUGAAAACAGAUAUUGGCAAAUCAUGUAUGGCAUAUUGCUAAAGUCUCUCAAAAAUGCACGAAGGGCCCAGUGGACAAAGGAUUAAAUUAUGAUGCAGUAUAUGAAGGAUUGCUAAAAUUAAAGCAAACAGUGAGAUUACAGGAUCAGGUGUGUAUAACUAUUAGGUGUCCAAAUAUAAAAACAACAGUAUAAUGCCUUGUAAAUAGGAUGUAGGUAUGUGUUAUUCAUUGCACUUUUUUUUAUGUGAGUAACAGUCCAGUAUUGCUUCAUUCUGUGGAUUUAAUUGUGCCUACACUUUAUUCCAUCCCUAAAUGUAUUUUCUGUGAGGAAAUCUCGCUAUUGUGAAUUAUGUUUGAAGGAUAUCUGAAGAUAGUGUCUUUUUUGCCUGUUCGUUACAUGACCAAAUAUUAUUUUUACUGAUCAAGUUUUUUUUUUUCAUGUUUCAACCAAGUUGUGCCAUACCAUAAUUUGUCUUUGCUCUUUAACAAAGUGCCAAGGUAAAUACUUCUCAGUUAUUGCAACACAAAUUAUUGACCAAGAAAAUAAAUCAUGUUUCCAUUUAUGUGGAUUGUGCAUCACAAAUUGGCAUUGUUGGGGAAAAUGUCUGAUCUCGUUUUAACGAGAGAUACAUAGUCAUAGAUGUAAUGAUCUAAUAAACAGGUGUUACAGAAGGUGUAACAGACCACAGAUUUGGCAGAUUAAAAUCUCUAAGAAAUGUAACCUAGAUAUGAUCAUUCUUACUUUAUUUGAGUCAUCUGGUUUAAGCCAUUGCUUAAGUGUUCAUUCUUUCAAAAAAUGAAGUAAUUUGUAUUUCCUGCAUCUUUAAUGUUUACAAUAUCAGCUGCCUUGUUUUUUCAGGAAAUGCUCGUCCAGUGCAGUGGUUAUAAUAAAUGAACUUUCAUAUA